AUGUUAGGGAAUUCAGUAUGCAAGGAUCCAAAACUUGUUGAGGCAAAUGAUUUCCUUUUUAGUGGCCUUCACAUAGCAGGCAACACUACUAAUGUUGUUGGGUCAAGAGUGACUCCAGUCUUUGCAUCUCAGCUACGAGGAUUGAACACACUAGGGAUCUCAAUGGCUUGUGUUGAUAUAGCACCAUGGGGUGUUAACUCUCCUCACUCACAUCCUCGUGCUACCGAAAUAUGCACUGUUCUUGAAGGAACAUUAGAAGUUGGAUUCAUCACUUCAAACCCAGAAAACCGCCACUUUUGUAAAGUUCUACAUAAGGGAGAUGUGUUUGUGUUUCUUCCUAUAGGUCUCAUUCACUAUCAAAGAAAUAUUGGAUACAACAAUGUUGUUGCCAUUGCUGCUCUUAGUAGCCAGAAUCCAGGAGCUAUAACUAUUGGCAAUGCAGUGUUUGGGGCUACACCUGAAAUAGCUAGCGAAGUUCUCAUUAUGGCUUUUCAAUUGGACAAGAAUGCCAUCAAUUACUUGCAGUCGAAGUUUUAA